UCCUCGGCCACACUCACGCGCAGAAAAAAGAUACCUCUAUCUUUUUUUUUUAGUCGCCGCCUAGACUAGGUACAGUCGGGUUGAGCCCACACUAUAGACCGCUUGAAUAUGUGACUGUGGUAAUGAUUAUUGUGACAAGUGUUGUGCAUAACAUAUCAUGAUGGAACGACACCAGAAUGGUAUGGAUGUGUGGGUAGGACAGGGACGCGUAAACCAGCUAGGAGGACUGUUCAUCAACGGCCGACCGCUGCCGAACCACAUCAGGCUGAAGAUAGUGGAGAUGGCGGCGGCGGGAGUGCGGCCCUGCGUCAUCUCGCGCCAGCUCAGAGUCUCGCACGGCUGCGUCUCUAAGAUACUCAACCGAUACCAGGAGACAGGGUCCAUCAGGCCGGGCGUGAUCGGCGGGUCCAAGCCCAGGGUCGCCACUCCGGAGGUGGAAGCCAGAAUAGAGGAGCUGAAGAGACAAAACCCGGGGAUCUUCUCCUGGGAGAUACGGGAGAAACUGAUCAAGGAAGGUGUGUCAGAUCCUCCGAGUAUAUCAUCUAUUUCUCGCCUACUUCGAGGAGGUGCGAGAGACCCUGAUGGGAAGAAGGACUAUAGCAUCGAUGGAAUAUUAGGAGGUCGGGGAUCAGACUCAUCCGACAUAGAGUCGGAGCCAGGGUUGACGCUGAAGAGGAAGCAGCGAAGGUCCCGUACUACCUUCACGGGGGAACAGCUGGAUGCCCUGGAGAGAGCCUUCCACAGGACCCAGUACCCAGACGUGUAUACCAGGGAGGAGCUUGCGCUACAAACUGGACUUACAGAGGCGAGAAUACAGGUUUGGUUCUCAAAUCGUAGAGCAAGACUCAGGAAGCAUACAGGAUCGAGUACAACACCGACGCUCUCAAGCUACUCAUCGCUGCCGAUGCCGCAAAUACCGUGCCCGUACCCCCCGAGUGACAUACCAUCACUCUCACAGCACCACCCUCAACACCCUGAUGCUUGGCAUCACCAGAAGUACGCCAAUUACAACCAACUAAUGGCCCAAUCUCAGCACUUAAAUCAAGCCUUCCAAAGCGCCGCUUUUCCGAGUACCUCAGGCUCAUCCUUCAGUCAAUUAGUAUCUUCGGCUGCCGCGUCAACCCAUAGCCAAUUAUUGGAGAGUGCACCAAGAAAUGAUUAUAGAUACCCCAGCAAUGACAUUUACAACAAAGCACUCGGAUACAUGCCCAAAGAACCUGAGACUGACGAUAAAGUUGUAGGUGAAGACGUCUUAGAGCCGAGAGACGACGCGUUUGUAAAAACGAGUACUGACUACAAAGAGUUACCAAAUACCGAAUAUCCCAAAGUUCCUCCAGAUUAUACUAAGCUGCCUGUAGCCGAACCGUCAUCUUCCAAUUGGAGUCCCUCUCAAAGUUCUUUAAACAUGGGUCUAACUAGCUUGCCAAAUGAUUAUAAAUAUAUGAACGACCCAUAUACGUUUCCAAAUAUAGUUGCCGAUCCUUUGAACCAGCACAGUUACAACAAUGCAGCAAAUCCUGCUAAUAAAUACUGGAUUUGACCGUAUGACAUAGUGAUGUUUCUUAUUAGAAAAAGCGAUUUUGUAUCAUGUAAAAGAAAUUAUCGAAAUUGUGUAAAAUAUUACAAUACGGUUAAACUAUCAUGGCUUCUACUAAGAGGCACUCAAGGUACAAUAACAUGUUAUUUGAUUUUAAAUGUGUCUUAUUAUCUAGUAAAUAAUAAUUAUAGUUUUAAAAUGCACAAUGAUACUGCCAAUCAUUUUGGGAAUUCACUAAAGACUUUAAGCAAGGAUAUAGUAUUGGAUCCGACCGUAA